CGGCGGGGGCGGCGGCGUGCGCCCGCCCUGAAAGUUUCAACGGGAGCUUUUGAGGGGCGCCACCGUCGACUUGCUUUCGCAAGCAACAAGUAAAGAGAAAAACAAGCAUUUUAGGAGAGGAGACGGUGGAGGAGAGAGUAGAUGGCGGUACUUUUCCGAUAUAGGGUAUUUAUUCGUGACAAGUGGCAGCGGAAGUUGAUGUUCGGCAGGCUGAAAGUGAACGUCGCAGCAGGGACACGGUAGUGCAAGGCGAUGAAGGCUCGGGUGGAAAACGGUGUGGUAUACUCGCCUUUUCCGGGUGUCGAGGUGCCCUCCUGUUCGGUAUACACGGUCAUCAAAGAUGCGCUUACGAAAUGCCCUGAGCGAGUGGCUGUGGUUGACGAGGAUGCCAGGCUUACAGGCGGCCAGCUCUUUGUUCGGAUGAAGCGCUACGCUGCCGGCUUCCAGAAGCAUGGCGUAUUGGCGGGAGACAAAAUUUGCAUCCACUUGCGGAACAGCGUGGAAGGCUUUGCCGCCAUGUUUGGCUGCGUCUUCGCAGGGGCCACGCUCGUCCUUGCCAAGCCUUCUCUCACUGAAAGAGAGCUGCAGUAUCUUAUCAGCGACAGCGACUGCACACAUGUCCUUACAGACAGCAAGUUUGCAGCGAAAAUGAAAAGCGCAACCUCAUCAUUGUGUAUAAAGGGUUUGUUCGCGAUGGGCGAGGUGGACGGGUUCGUGUCGGCGGCAUCGUUUCAAGACUUGGACGAGGCGGGCUUCCGGGAGUGCCCCGUCGAGAACCCCCGAGACAAAGUUCUCGCAGUCGUCUACACUUCUGGCACCACGGGGCUUCCGAAAGGCGUCGAGCUCAAUCAGUACUGCUUCGUGGUCAACUAUUGUGUAUGCAAAGCGGGCAUGCUUUACGACACUACGGACGUGGUACUUGCCUCAGCACCCAUCACGCACGUGUCAGGACUGCUGUGGACACCGCUGUCCGUGCUGAAUGGAGCGACGUGCAUUUUGACACCGCCACUUCUAAGACUCCAGGACCUGGCCCCUGUCGUCAAGAAACACGGAGUGACGAGGGCGUUCUUCUUUCCCUCUCAACUUCGUGCCCUGUGCGACGAAAUGCGACGCUCAGGGGAGCGGCUGGACACCAUUCGUCGUGCGGGUGUCGCCGGCGCGCCCCUCACUCAAGCGACGUAUGAUGCCGCCUUCAAUGUCUUCGGCGGUCUCCAGAGUCUGGUUAACGUCUACAGCCUCACCGAGUGCGGUGGCAUCCUCUGCACACCGUCGACGGACGGCGUCACAGACUUAGGCUUUCCCGGCCCCAUGACCGAACUUAAGGUCGUGGACAUUGUGUCCCGCCGGACGCUGGGCCCACAGGAGAUUGGAGAAAUUUGCUUCCGCACUCCCACUGUCAUGCGUGGCUACUAUAAGCGGCCAAAAGAAACAGCGGAGUUCUUCGAAGGUGAUGGCUGGUGUAGGACAGGUGACGCUGGCUACUACGAUGAAAAUGGCCGGUUCCACUUCGUGCAGCGUUUGAAGGAGAUGAUCAAAUGCAUGGACAACCAGGUGGUACCCGCGGAACUCGAAGGACUGCUACUACAGGAAUACUCUGGAGACAUAUCUGAAGUUGCAGUGGUGGGACUCGAGCACGCCGAGCUCGGACAGGCCCCCGCGGCUGCAGUCGUGCUCAAGGCGACACCCGGUAGCGAUGUACUCGCCAAAAUGGCAGAUAAGAUGAAGGCUACCAUAGCAGGAAACUUGGCUGUACACAAGAGGCUAUAUGGAGGCGUGUUCUUCUUCGAAUCCCUACCAAAGACAGAGACGGGGAAAGUCAAUAGAACAGCAUUGCUUGAACAGUGUGCUGCUUCGUCGCCUUUUUGAAGCAGAAGACUCAUCUUUGUGAAAUUUACUGGUAAUAAAACUGUCGUACAGAA